AAUAUUAAUUUAUUCAAGCGGCAGUAAGAUCUCGCGGUGCUACCGUUCAGACAUCUUGCACUGGUUUAGUCUGGCCCUGGUGAACAUUUGCCUUAAACACCGCCUGUCAGCACCCUGGCUCGCCUAGAUCCGCUCUGUUCUCAGCUCCCCGCGCUGUGACCUCGGCUGAGCGAAUGUGAGGAGCGGAGCUCAUAGCGUGACAAGCCCGUGGACUUUAGCAGCCUCCGUCGGAGCUCGCAGCCUGUCGUGCAUUGUGCGUCAUUGUGCGCCAUCACCAACGUUCGCGUCUUUUUCUCCGCUGAGGAAAACAUGGCAACACCGGCCGCGGUCAACCCUUCAGAGAUGGCCAGUGAGCUGCCCGGUGCCGUGUCCAUGCCUGGAGCCGUGGGGGGCAGUCAGGUGCGGAUGGGAGGAGCAGUCCCAGGACGGGGAGGAAAGAGGCGCUCUGCUGGGAUGGACUUUGACGAUGAAGAUGGAGAGGGACCAAGCAAGUUUUCCAGGUAUGACGAUGAUCAGGGGUCUGGUGGGGAUAAGGAAAGAUAUGCCAGUUCAUUCCUCUGCAGAGAGAACCAUAGUGAGAUCGAGCGCCGUCGCAGGAACAAAAUGACCCAGUACAUCACGGAGCUGUCGGACAUGGUGCCCACCUGCAGCGCUCUGGCCCGUAAGCCUGACAAACUGACCAUCCUACGCAUGGCCGUGUCCCAUAUGAAGUCUAUGAGAGGCACUGGGAAUACCUCCACAGACGGGGCCUACAAACCCUCUUUCCUCACAGAGCAGGAACUGAAGCACCUGAUCCUAGAGGCAGCAGAUGGUUUCCUGUUCGUGGUGGCAGCUGAGACCGGCAGAGUCAUCUAUGUGUCUGACUCGGUGACUCCCGUCCUGAACCACCCACAGUCUGAGUGGUUCGGCAGCACCUUGUAUGAGCAGGUGCACCCUGACGACGUGGACAAGCUGAGGGAGCAGCUAAGCACUUCUGAGAACUCCAUGACAGGCCGGAUCCUGGACCUGAAGACUGGAACAGUGAAGAAAGAGGGCCAGCAGUCAUCCAUGAGGAUGUGUAUGGGCUCACGACGCUCCUUCAUCUGUCGCAUGAGGUGUGGCAGCGCUCCUCUGGAUCACAUCUCUCUGAACCGUCUCUCCAACAUGAGGAAACGAUACAGGAACGGGCUGGGACCAUCCAAAGAGGGAGAGGCGCAGUACUCGGUGGUCCACUGCACAGGUUACAUCAAAGCCUGGCCCCCAGCAGGUAUGACGAUCCCAGACGAGGACACAGAGGCGGGGCAGGGUGGGAAGUAUUGCCUGGUGGCCAUUGGACGCCUGCAGGUGACCAGCUCUCCCGUCUCCAUGGACAUGAACGGCCUGUCUGUGCCCACUGAGUUCUUAUCCAGGCACAACUCAGACGGCAUCAUCACGUUUGUGGACCCACGCUGCAUCAACGUCAUUGGGUACCAACCCCAGGAUUUACUGGGCAAAGACAUCCUGGAGUUCUGUCAUCCAGAGGACCAGAGCCACCUACGGGAGAGCUUCCAGCAGGUGGUGAAGCUGAAGGGCCAGGUGCUGUCUGUCAUGUACCGCUUCAGGAUGAAGAGCAGAGAGUGGAUGCUGAUCCGCACCAGCAGCUUCACCUUCCAGAACCCCUACUCCGAUGAGAUCGAGUACAUCAUCUGCACCAACACCAACGUCAAGCAGCUCCAGCAGCAGCAGCAGGCUGAGCUGGAGGUGCACCAGAGAGAUGGGCUCAGUGCCUACGACCUGUCCCAGGUUCCAGUGGCCAGUGUCAGCAGUGGGGUCCAUGAGGCCGGAAAGACCAUGGACAAGUCUGAGGGGCUGUUUCCUCAGGACCGGGACCCACGUUUUGCCGAGAUGUACUCCGCUAUCUCCAACUCCGGAGACAAGAAGAUGCUGGUUCCCUCAUCCACAGCAGGAGGACAGCUGUACUCGCAGAGCUCCUUCACACAGGGACACUCAGGGAAGAGCUUUAGUUCCUCAGUGAUCCACGUCCCAGGUGUGAAUGACAUCCAGCCAUCAGGAUCGACCAAUCAGAAUCUGGCCCAGAUCUCCCGACAGCUGAAUCCUGGACAGGUGGGCUGGUCCGGGACCCGCCCCCCUUUCUCUGGACAGUCCACUAAAGCCCAGUCCAGCCCAUUUGGGAUCAGCUCCGGGCACAGUUAUCAGACAGACCCUGCCUCCUAUAGUCCCCUGUCGUCACCUGCCACGUCCUCCCCAAGCGGCAACGCCUACUCCGGGCUAACCAAUCGCCCCACCGCCUUUGAUGUGUCCGGAGAGGGCAGCCAGAGCAGCGCACAGUUCCAGGGACGUCCCAGUGAAGUGUGGUCCCAAUGGCAGAACCAGCACCACACCCAGCAGACGGGAGAAACGCAUACGCACUCCACCCCCAGCCAGAGCGAGGUCUUCCAGGACAUGUUGCCAAUGGCAGGAGACCCCACUCAGGGCACAGCCAACUACAACAUAGAGGACUUCGCAGACCUGGGCAUGUUCCCUCCCUUUUCUGAGUAGCCCCGCCCCUUCCUGUGGACUGGUCACCUCAGUGUCAUGAGCAGCACAUACCUCAUCCACUCCUCAGUGCACUGAAGCUCCACCUCCUCUGUGUCCAUGGCCUGUGCUCUCCAGGAACCUGCAGCAGAACAACACUGUGGCUUUCUACAAAAGGUCCCAUGAAUUCAUUCAGCACAGACCUUCCCCAGUUUGAAACAGUGUUUUGUACAGCAUCCUAUUACGUACAUUGUGGACGGUUAAUUGUGUGAUGAUUUCUGAAGCAUUCCAAAGCAAUGCUCUCCGAUCAUUCCUUCAUCUGCUCAUCACCGUGUGCUCUGUGACUGCUCACAGUGCUCCAUGUGCACUCAUCCAUGGACCAAGCAUGGAAGUGGAGUCCCUGUCAGAACCAUCAUGGAAACAGUCACUGCAACCACCCAGGAAUAUAGGUUCCAUACUGUAGGAACCUUUUCCUGUCACUAGUACCUGUACCUAUUUUGACAUGCUUUGUCAUAUAGGAGGAACUGAGGACUGAGACUGCAAAUUGAGGACUCCUGCCCUGAGGCAGUUACUUUCCAAUCAGACCAGGAACCAUCCUGUGAGGUGGUUACAUAUAAAUAGACUUAUACCUUAAAUAUUUAUUUGUACCAUACAAUCAAGAUGGUAAUUUUAAAGCCAGCAGGACUCUCCAUAUUAGUCUCAGAAAGUCUAAAUAUCGAAGCAGCUUACCAUGUUCUACUGUGACAGCUCUUGUGUGCAAACACAAGCAGGGGAAAUCCUAAUCAGGCCUAGGGUGACCCAGGAUCUCUGCUCCUGACACUUGUGCUAAACUCCCUAAUAAGUUUGGUUCUUGGUCUCGUUCUGGUCUGUGGUCUGGUUCAGAAAAAUGGCUCUAGGGAGCAAUACCAGAUAAACUUUCACUGUACAGAAUUCAAAGAGGUUAGCCAGACUACCUCUCUCAGUCUUAGUGUAAAAUACACUCUAUGUAGUCAUUUUCAUAACGUUAUUAAAGCAGACCACAAUCAAAGAAAGAGGAACCCUCCUGUGGUUCUUUGCGGUCUAGAGUGUUCCUCAAGAUGCCCCUGCUCACCUGCUGCAGUGGGGGGCCGUGGACAGGUGCGCACUGUUGGUGGGAUGGCUUGGACACAGGCUUUUGCUAAAACCUCCGCUCAAUGUUUUUGUAAAUAAAGUGAUUUUUAUGUAACUGUUGUUCUUUCACAAAGUCCAUGUUUUGUGUAGAUCUAAUAAUAUUGUGUGCAGUGUGGUACAUAUGUAACUCUGGCAUUAGUUAGUCUGUCUGUGUACACUCAGCCCUGUAUAAAGUGCUCCAAUGUGGCCGUUCUUUUGUGUAACAGACUGUGCUCGUGGCAAUAAACACUUCUUUGUUACACGU